AUGGAUCGAUUAAGAUCAUUGGGGAGCCUGCUUUUUGGGGUACCAUGGAAGCCGUGGGGGAUGGAAAGUGAUAUUGAUGGCGAAAAUGUGAUCCACAGAAUAACGCAAGAAGAAUACAAUGAACCAAUCCAGGAUGCUUAUGUUGAGUCAGUGGCACGUUUAUCAUAUGCAGAACUCGAUGACAAAUACAAUCCAGGUCCAACAUUACCAGAUGGAAGUGUGAAUUUUGAAUGUCACUGUGUUGGGCACUUAGUCGCCAGUCCGUGUGGUCAUGAAUUUCGUGAAGCAAUGAAGUGUCAGAAAAAUGCUGAGGAAGGAGAAUUGGACGAAGGAGCUUGUGCAACAGAGUUCAUGAAUUUUAUGAGGUGUGUUAUUCGAACGGAAUGCUUCAAAAGUAGACGUGAUCUUAAUGAUGAUGAAGAGGAGAAAGAGCAGAAAAACACUGAAUUGGAAGAUUCAGUGCAUUCUGGUCAAACAUCAUAA